AUGUCUGUCUACUCCUUCCUCCCCGCGUUGGGCGGUAUUCUGCUGUUCUUUUUCGUCUAUGACCCCAAAGCUAUUCCUGGAUUAUGGCAUGCUCGAAUUAUUGCAAUCCUCGUGAACCAUAUUGUCUGGAAACGCAAUCAACCCUCCUCAGGCGACGGCCCUUCCGCCCUCUUUCGUCCCCUCCGGACCCGAUCCUAUUGCUCUCUGGCAGAAGUCGACUUCAAUCUGCACAAGUCUAACAGCACAUUCUACGCCGAUCUGGACAUCAGCCGCAUCGAACUACUACUACUGCUCUGCAAGGACGUUAUUACCCCCUUAUCUGCACCACCGAGAAGGGCUCGCAGCGGAAAUGCCCAGAAAGUUGGGGGGAAACAAACCAGAUCCUUAAAACAUCUCACUCCUGUGCUCGGCGGCGUGUCGUGUAUCUUCCGAAGAGAGAUCAAGCCCUGGCAGCGAUAUGAUGUCGAGUCACGAGUCCUGUGUUGGGAUGACAAAUGGCUAUACAUUGUUAGCCAUUUCCUGAAACCCGGUAGCCACCAUGAAAAUGGGACGGCGGGCUCGGAGGAAGGUGUGCUUGCGUCGGCUAUCUCGAAGUAUGUUUUCAAAAAGGGCCGGCAGACGGUAGCACCAGCCGAAGUUCUCCAGUUUCUGGAACUUUUGGAACACGGUGAUAACGCUGAUGCUGAUGCUGAUGUCAAUGCCAAUGCUGACGCUUACGCUGAUGCUAGCAUUGAAGGGUCGGGCUUGGGGCUGAAGAUGAGAGGCCAAGAAGAUCAGCAGGAGCACCUGGAAGGUAAACAAAAACGUGGCCUAGCACUAGCAGCGCACAUGGCCGGAUUAGAUGGUCUUCAUCGCGUGGCAUAA